AGUGCAGGGUUGUAUAUGUCGAUAAGACCGUGCCAAAGUGCAAGAGUACGAUUAAAAAAUCAUUAAUUAACUUAAUUUUUAACUAAAGUAUUUAAAAAUAAACGAAAUUAAUAAACAUUAUUUUUAAAAGUGUUCUAAAUUUUAUACAUUUACAACAAAAGAAAGUUGUAAACAAAGCAACAAACAAAACAAUUUGAACAAUGGCUACAACAAUAAUUGCAAGCGAACAAUGAACACAAAGAGAACAGUGCAAUUAAGAAAAUAAAAAAACUACUCAACUUAAACGAAGAUCACACACUAAGGCAACGAGAUUAAUUUAUUAAAAUAUUUAAUUAAUAAAACAACUCAAAAAAAUUAUAAUAUUGUUUUAAUACAAAGUUAACUACAGCAACAACUAAAUAAAAUAAUUGGCUUAUAAAUAUAAAAAAAUUGAAAAUUAUUUGUUUAUAACUAAAAAAACUAAGAAAAAAGUGAAAAUUUAUCAUCAAUGUGAAAUUUUAAAGGAAAAUUCCAAAAUUUUCUAUGGCUUCACGAACUGUAUUUGUGAGCAGUACAAAAACAUCUUAAAACCCUUAAAUUAAUAAAGAAAUUAUUGUUUAUUACACUCAGGAAUACCAAGAAAUUGUUAAUAACUAAAGUUUUGAAUAGUUGUUGUUUUUAUUUUUCGUAAUAAGUAAACAAACAAGUUUAUUGUUUAAGUCUUUUUGGAAUAAUUUGCUGUUGCUGCUGUUUUUUAUUGUUACCUUUUUGGGGAGCCUGUUGGUUGGUGUUGUGACCCCAAAAACUACAACAUACAUAAAUUAAAUAAAACAAGGUUUUGUUUUUUUAUUAAUUUACGUGAAAAAGUAAUAAAAACAUACGAAAUGACUUUAAGAACCCGGGCUUUGGUAUUCUCUACAUUUUUUGGCAGUUGCAUAGCCAUUGGUCUAUUACUGGUCAGUUUGACCACGAAUAGUUGGGUGAAGGCAACUCCUAAAAAACGUAACUCAGCGGAAUCAUGUGGAGAUGUUAGUUAUGGCUUAUUUUAUGGCACUAAGGAAUUAGAUUCUGGAUUUGGAGUGCGCAGUUAUCCCGUUGAUGUUUAUACUUUCAUACAAAAUCAACCGGACACCAUGAACUUUUGGCUUUGGCUCGUCACAGCUUUGGGUACCGGAUUUGGUUUAUUAAGUUGUGCCAUCUCAGCCAUAGCUGCUGUCCUAAAAGCAGCUUCAGCUUCCAAAAAACCUGGCACCAUGCUAGUAUUAAUUGCCUCAAAUAUAUCAUCAGCUGCCAGUCAAGUAAUGGCUUUUAUCUGUUGGCUGGUACAAUUCUUUCAAUAUUUACAGCAUAAUGUACUAGCGGUGGAGGAUCACAAGCUCAAUUGGUAUAGUCAUGGUUUAGCCUCGUUGGGUUAUAGUUUUUAUUUGAUCGUCAUCUCAACUCUAGUCGUUUUAAUCAAUUUAAUUAUAUUACUAUAUGCCAGACGUUGUGAACAUCGUUAUCGUCAAAGUCUGGAACCACCAAGUGAGGAAAAGAAUCAAAGUGCUAUAAUGUUGUAUUAAAAAAUAAAGUAAACAAAGCAAGUUUCAUAAUGAGAUUUGAAAAAGCAAUGUUUAUGUAUAGCGCUUUAAAAUGAAAA